AGCAAAUUCAUUUUCCAGUGGUGUCAGUCGGGGAGAGACAACCUGUGAACAUGUCUAACACUGCGGAAGACAGCAGCGCAGGAAGUGUUGCCAAAGACAGCAAAACGGCAACAGACAGGGCGGCAUGCACAGAGAACCUGACAGAGACUGAUGCCUUCAUCAGAAGCUCUUUAGCUUUGGAUCCUGCAGAGGAGUACAAGAUGAGCAACAAACGACGAGGCCUCGCACUCAUCUUUAACCAGGAGCGCUUCUUCUGGCGCCUGGGGUUGAGCGACAGGCACGGGACCAACGCUGACCGCUACAACUUGGAGAGAAGACUGAAAGAGCUGGACUUUGAAGUGAAGGCUUAUGACAACUACAAAGAGGAAGAAGUCCUACAAAAAAUCAGUGAAGCUGCUGAAGACGAUCAUUCAGAUGCAGACUGCUUUCUGCUCGUCUUCCUGAGCCAUGGCGAGAAUGACCAUGUUUAUACCUACGACGGCAAGAUCAGCAUCCAGGACAUCACAUCCAUGUUCAAAGGAGACAAGUGCAGAAGCCUUGUAGGAAAACCAAAGAUCUUUGUAUUACAGGCAUGCCGUGGAGACAAGCAUGAUGAUCCAGUGACCCCCUGUGAUGCCGUGGACAGUGAGAUAAAGACGAAUGAGGUGGUGGUGGACGCCAGCGCUGUAUACACCCUCCCUGCUGGAGCUGAUUUCAUCAUGUGCUACUCUGUUGCUGAAGGCUACUAUUCCCACCGGGAGACCAUCAACGGAUCCUGGUAUGUCCAGGAUCUGUGCGAGCUGCUUCGGAAGUAUGGGGAUUCCCUUGAAUUCACAGAGUUACUCACACUGGUCAACAGAAAAGUGUCAAUGAGGAGCGUAGGGAACUGUAAUGACCGGAGUGCGAUUGGGAAGAAGCAAGUACCUUGCUUUGCUUCAAUGCUCACCAAGAAACUCUACUUCCGACCAAAACAGUAACAGUUUCAGAUUUCAGUCAUUAAUUUAGUUGGUUUUCUAUUUACGCCUGGAAAAUAGGGUCUCUGGAAGGGGGAUUUUUUUCUUUUCAAUUUCUAUUUUUCUCCAGUCAUCUACUGUAUGUUGCUUGUGAAUGCUAUUAUUUACAUAUGCACUGAAUAAUCAGCUAUUUACAGAUUCAGUUUUUCCAAUCGAAUCAGUGGUCACAAAAUAACAGGAGCAACAUGUACUGACAUGAGCUGAAAUAAUGUGAACAUUCUUGGCCUCAGGCAAUCUUAUCACUCUGAAACCUCAUAUAAUUUGGAAUUGUUGGUUUCAUUUGUUACGUAAUGUUUCUUCUUGAGAAACCAGAUUUUAUAAACCUUCACCUGGUUUAUAAGUUGUUUUUUUGGUGUGUGUUUGCAUCUGCAUGACAGAGAAUCCAGGCAGAACGAUCUGUGGCAGCAGUAAGAGUAGAGAGGAAAUCUGAUCACCCCACUGGAUUUCAUUAUAUUUUAAGUUGUUCCUGUUAUUUUACCCAACCACUGUAGCUCAAUACACAUUUUGCACUUUCAAAAAAAAUUGCUUUUAAAUUGCAGGAUUAUCACAGAACACAUUUUGCGUCAGCUACUUUUCAUAGCCUUUUGUGGUAUUUUAUCUUAGCUUGUUUAAUCCAGUUUUAACUAUUGUGGUACUACAGAAAUGUUUUCUUAUUCUCUAGCCGACUGUCUUUUUACCUUAACAAGCCAAGAAAAUGGUAGAUUUUGAAAUAAGCAAGCUCAAGCAAGCUUUUCUUAGACUAAAUACUGUCCAAGAGGAAGCUAGAAGUGUCAGGUGAGGGUUUUUUUUAGCUGUACAGUGAGUUACAGGUAUGUCAAAUAUUUUCCAACUUACUGUAUCUUGCGAGGCAGGUGACAUAACAGCAUGACAACCAGGAAACAGUACUCCUAGUGAUUUUGUUCACAUCAGGGUUAAAUACUUAACUAUUACUCUAUAAGCACCAAUGAUGAAGAAAAAUCUGUCAUAGCAGAUUAUCCAGUCACAAUGUAAACAUGCUGUUUGUUCAAGCUCGCUCCAUCAAAAAGGGAAUUCAUGUUUGUGCUCUUCUUUGUGUCGUAGCAGUUUACAGUACUAAAUUUAAUAAUGCGUAUUUGCACCCAAAACGGCAACAAACACCAGUGUGGAAAGUACCUCAGGGAGAAGGGGUUUCCUUUUACACAUGUACUGUGGACCUAAAACACUUUCAGCUGUGUCACAUGAUCUAUAAACUCAGGAAAAACAAAGUUACCAGCAUACACUCAUCCUGUAUUUUUGGGGUCUUACUGUUUUGACUUUUUACAAUAAAUUCUGUGUGAUAUUA